UCCGGAGAACGGGAAGGGGGCGUGGCGUGGCGACGGAGUUGCGCGAGGGACACGUCGCGUUGUGGGUUCUCGGACUGAGGUGUGAGAGAAGCGGUGACCGCGGCCCUGGCUGCUCGGACCCGGGAACAUGAUGGUCGCUGGAGCAGAAGGCGCUGAGAAGGGACCCCGGCGGCGCUGGGUCGUGCGAGCCAGUAGCGGGCUGAAACGUAGAGGCCAGAACCAGGUCUCAGGGGGCACUAAAGGCGGUCGGAGGUGAUCCCCACACCGCUUCCACCUGGAAGUCAGGCUGGCCGGGAGCUCCCGUAUCCAGGACGGUUGGUCGCCUCUGGCCUGGCAGGGCUCCUAGUGUCUCGGGACCUCCCGGUGACGCGCCUGCCUCCCCUGCUGCACCAUAGGCCCGGGAGUACGGCGUCCCCACAGCUUGGACCGGCAGGCGCUCGUGAAAUGUUUGUCAAGUGGAUAAAUGACCAUGGCCGUGGUCUCCGCGGGAGGUGAGGAAACUGAAAGCCACCGAGGAAAAGGGGGGCGCUCCUUAAGAAGUGCCGCGGUCACGUGUACGUUUCAAAAGAAUGGCGUGACUGAGUAGGGAGGGGACCGCGGAGACCCUCAGACCCUGGACUGUAAGGAGAUGAGGGGCCGUGAAGGGGAACCCAGGAAACUGAGUCCUGAAAGCAAGGAGGAACUUCCAGAAUGAAGGGCGCCGUCACACCUCCCUGCCUUUGCUCAAGCGGUUCCUUCACCCCGAUGAAGUUCCUUCCCAUUUCUCCAUCUGGGGGAUCCUGAACGUGCACCUCCUCAGAGAAGCCCUCCUGGGUUCUCCAAUUCUAGUUUAUUGCCCCCUCCUAUCGAUCCCCAGCACGCUCAUCGGGCCUGUGGACAAGGACAGGUUUGAAGAGAGGAUUCCCUGGAUCGCGGAAGGGCUGCAGGAGUGGCACAGCCCCUUCCGAGGAUGCCAAAGGAGCCCGGGCAAAGGGAAGUGGCCGUGCCGGGCCUGCCUGCCACUAGAUCCCCACCCACCUAUGACUGCUCAGUCCCGCUCUCCUACCACACCCACCUUUCCCGGCCCAAGCCAGCGCACCCCGCCGACUCCCUGCCCAGUCCAAACUCCAAGGCUGGGCAAGGCACUGAUCCACGGCUGGACCGACCCGGGGCAGCCUCUGGGUGAACAGCAGCGUGUCCGCCGGCAGCGAACCGAGACCAGCGAGCCGACCAUGCGGCUGCACAGACUUCGUGCGCGGCUGAGCGCGGUGGCCUGUGGGCUUCUGCUGCUUCUUGUCCGGGGCCAGGGCCAGGACUCUGCCAGUCCCAUCCGGACCACACACACAGGGCAGGUGCUGGGGAGUCUUGUCCACGUGAAGGGCGCCAAUGCCGGGGUCCAAACCUUCCUGGGAAUUCCAUUUGCCAAGCCACCUCUAGGUCCGCUGCGAUUUGCACCCCCUGAGCCCCCUGAAUCUUGGAGUGGUGUGAGGGAUGGAACCACCCAUCCAGCCAUGUGUCUACAGGACCUCACCCCAGUGAAGUCAGAGUUUCUUAGCCAGUUCAACAUGACCUACCCUUCCGUCUCCAUGUCCGAGGACUGCCUGUACCUCAGCAUCUACACGCCGGCCCAUAGCCAUGAAGGCUCUAACCUGCCGGUGAUGGUGUGGAUCCAUGGUGGUGCGCUUGUUUUUGGCAUGGCUUCCUUGUAUGAUGGUUCCAUGCUGGCCGCCUUGGAGAACGUGGUGGUGGUCAUCAUCCAGUACCGCUUGGGUGUCCUGGGCUUCUUCAGCACUGGAGACAAGCAUGCAACCGGCAACUGGGGCUACCUGGACCAAGUGGCUGCACUACGCUGGGUCCAGCAGAAUAUCGCCCACUUUGGAGGCAACCCUGACCGUGUCACCAUUUUUGGCGAGUCUGCGGGUGGCACGAGUGUGUCUUCGCUUGUUGUGUCCCCCAUAUCCCAAGGACUCUUCCACGGAGCCAUCAUGGAGAGUGGCGUGGCCCUCCUGCCUGGCCUCAUUGCCAGCUCAGGUGAUGUCAUCUCCACGGUGGUGGCCAACCUGUCUUCCUGUGACCAAGUUGACUCUGAGGCCCUGGUGGGCUGCCUGCGGGGCAAGAGUAAAGAGGAGAUUCUUGCAAUUAACAAGCCUUUCAAGAUGAUCCCCGGAGUGGUGGAUGGGAUCUUCCUGCCCAGGCACCCCCAGGAGCUGCUGGCCUCUGCCGACUUUCAACCUGUCCCCAGCAUCGUUGGUGUCAACAAUGAUGAGUUUGGCUGGGUCAUCCCCAAGGUCAUGAGGAUCUAUGAUACCCAGAAGGAAAUGGACAGAGAGGCCUCCCAGGCUGCUCUGCAGAAAAUGUUAACGCUGAUGAUGUUGCCUCCUACAUUUGGUGACCUGCUGAUGGAGGAGUACAUUGGGGACAAUGGGGAUCCCCAGACCCUCCAAGCCCAGUUCCAAGAGAUGAUGGCAGACUACAUGUUUGUGAUCCCUGCACUCCAAGUAGCACAUUUUCAGUGUUCCCGGGCCCCUGUGUACUUCUACGAGUUCCAGCAUCAGCCCAGCUGGCUCAAGAACAUCAGGCCACCGCACAUGAAAGCAGACCAUGGUGAUGAGCUUCCUUUUGUUUUCAGAAGUUUCUUCUGGGGCAACUACGCCAUGGGUGUCUGGCCUGGUGCAGAACAGGUGUUCCAGAGACAUGUUUAUUUCUUCAAUGACUCCCAGAGAUAGAAGGAAGAAGGGGCCUUUGGGGCCAUGAAGGAGCCCAGGAUGGAGUCAGCCAGAGCCUGGUCUACGGGGAAAGUUUGGAAAAGGGGAGGGCUGGCUUCCGAGGGCAGUGGAAGAAAAAGCAGAGAAGCAGGACUGGGGACCGAGGUCUCGGGGGCCAAGGACGAGCUCCACCUGGGAUGCUGAGGGUGGACAUCCUGAUGAAGACACAUGUCCUCUUCCUCUCGGCAGUUAAAUUCACUGAGGAAUAGGAGCAGCUAAGCAGGAAGAUGAUGAAGUACUGGGCCAACUUUGCGCGAAAUGGGAACCCCAAUGGCGAGGGUCUGCCACACUGGCCGCUGUUCGACCAGGAGGAGCAAUACCUGCAGCUGAACCUACAGCCUGCGGUGGGCCGGGCUCUGAAGGCCCACAGGCUCCAGUUCUGGAAGAAGACGCUGCCCCAAAAGAUCCAGGAGCUCGAGGAGCCUGAAGAGAGACACACAGAGCUGUAGCUCCCUGUGCCGGGGAGGAGGGGGUGGGUUCGCUGACAGGCGAGGGUCAGCCUGCUGUGCCCACACACACCCACUGAGGAGAAAGAAGUUGAUUCCUUCAUUCACUUAGCCAUUCAUUCAUACUUCCAUCCAUCCAUUCAGAAAGCAUUUAUUAAGAAUUUACUCAGGCAUGAUGGCUCAUACCUGUAAUCCCAGCUAUUGGGAAGGCCAAGAUGGAAGAAUGGCUUGAGGCCAGAGGUUUGAGACCAACCAGCCAAGGCAACACAGUGAGACCCCUUCUCAAAAAAAAGAGAGAGAGAGAGAAAGAGAGUGUGUGAUUAGAAGCUAAAUAGGAAAGUUUUGAGCUUCAAGUCAGUGAGGAGUAAAAAAGAUUUUUAAAAAGCAAAGAAAACAAAAUAUAAGGGAAAAAAAUGAGAAAAAUAAAAAUAAAAAGAGAAUAAUAGGCCAGGCACUGUGGCUCAUGCCCCUAAUCCCAGCACUUUUGGGAGGUCAAGGUGAGCAGAACACCUGAGGACAGGAGUUUGAGACCAGUCUGCCCAACGUGGUGAAACCCCAUCUCUAUGAAAAAUACAAAAAUCAGACGGGCUCAGUGGUGGUGCCCACCUGUGAUCCCAGCUACUCAGGAGGCUGAAGCAGGAGAAUUACUUGAACCUGGAGGCAGAGGUUGCAGUGAGCUGAGAUUGUGCCACUGUACUCCAGCCUGGGCAACAAGAGCGAGACUCCGUUUCCAAAAAAAUAAGAGAGAAUAGAAGAAGUGACUGCAUGAUGUUAGUUACCAAGCCUGCCACGGGUCCUCUCGCUAGAACACUCCAUAGAUCCCCCCACUGAGCUGUGGAUGGGCAGACCCCAGUGGAAUCCCACCCUCCCCAACACCCCACUGAGCCCUGGGCCCCCUCCUCCCUUCCUCACCUCCACCCUCUCCCUGCCUUCUCUCUUCUCUCCUCUGAGCCCCCAGGCCUUUUCCACUUUGAGGGAGGUGCUUCGAAGAAUGUUGCCCACACCUAAGUGUCAGAAGCCUAUGUCCGUUCAUCCCUGAGAGGUCUGAAAAACUAAAAAUAAAUUCUAAAAAAAGCCUC